AACAAUAUUGAAACAAAGCAAACGAAAGAUUUUUGUUUUUUAUAAGUUGAGGUAAGCCUGGUGUUUUCCGGGUUUCAAAAACCCACGUUAAGCAUUCAUUAAACUACAGUGAAGUAAACAUUAAAAAUGGCUUAUAAAAAUACGGUCGAAUUAUGCGAGAAAUACGAAGCAGUUAUGGUUCUCAGUGGAGUGGGAGAUGCUCUAGGUUAUAAGAAUGGUUUGUGGGAAUUCUGUUACAGUGGUACUCAAAUUCAUGAAGAACUAGAAAAACUCGGAGGACUUAAUAAAAUUGACAUUAAAGGAUGGAGGGUUAGUGACGACACUGUACUACACAUUGCUACAGCAGAAGCGUUGGUUUCUGAAUGGGCAACAACGGGAGAGUUAUUGAGCAUUAUGGCUACAAAGUACAAGAAGACAUGUGCUGAGGAUAUGUGGGAAAGAGCUCCUGGUCAGACCACAACAAAGGCAUGUUUUAUGUUACGACCUCUUGAGGAAAAAGGUUACAUUAUACCAUUUAAUGAACGAGGUGGAGGAUGUGGUGCAGCUAUGAGAUCCAUGUGUAUAGGUUUGAUGUUUCCUUGUGAAGAUCAAAUUGAAAUGUUAAUUGAAAUUGCUGUUGAAAGUGGAAGGAUGACUCAUAAUCACCCUACAGGUUAUCUUGGGGCUGUUACUGCAGCUUUAUUUACAGCCUAUGCUAUACAGAAGAUACCUCCAAAAAGUUGGGGUGCAGGACUUUUAGGUGUUUUACCCAAAGUUUGGGAAUACAUUGAGAAGGUUGGUCGUGAUGUAGAAGAAAACAAGAAAUCUUGGGGCUACUUUAAAAACAGUUGGGAGUCAUAUCUUGAAGUACGGGGAUUAACAAAUGGAACCAGUGAACCAAAGUUUCCAGUGAUGUAUAACAUACCUGAACGUGAUGCUUUUUAUAAAUCUGUGAGUUAUGCAGGUUGGGGUGGGUCCAGUGGUCAUGAUGCACCAAUGAUUGCUUACGAUGCUUUGAUGAUGGCAAAAGAUUCAUGGUUUCAAUUGUGUUCUUGUUCUAUGUUUCAUGGUGGAGAUAGUGACAGUACAGGAAUAUUGGCUGCAGCAUGGUGGGGUGGUAUGUUUGGUAUGAUAGGUGUACCCCCUGGAAAUUAUAAGAACUUAGAAUAUGGUCAUAGGCUUAUGGAGCUUGGUAAAAAACUACUGAAUGUAUCAAAGAAUAUGAAAAACUAACAGGACAGUAUUUAUUCAACAAAAUUUAUGUCAUAAAAUUCUGUCA